GGAAAUUUUCCACUACUAAUAUCAUACCUAGAUUAUCUGGUAAAAGUAUAAAAAGAACAGUUAGAAUCCCCAACAUGUCUUGAACAAACAGAGUCUACUAGAUUUCCGCCAAGCCCUCAUGAGAUCUCACCUAUUGCCCUCUCUUCUGCCAUUCAUCGGCGUCACCAUUGCCACAAUGCACAACUUUACUACUUUGGAAACAUCUUCCGCAAAAGGCGUGUUGACUGUUACUAUUAACAACAAAGCUAGCAAGGUCAACUUGAUUGGGCAGCGCGUCCUAGCAGAGAUUGAGACGCUGAUGGACGAGGUGAAGGAUGACGCGGAAACCAAGAUUGUUGUCUUCCAAAGUGGCAACCCGACAUUUUUCUCGGCGCACUACGAUUUUAUUCCUCGGGAAACGGAUCUUUAUCCUCCUGGAGACCCUGCCAUGAAGGACUUUGCAGGAAAGAUACUGUACAAGAUCACCAGCCUUCGUCAAGCUACCAUUGCAGUCAUUGACGGUCCUGCUCGGGGUAUUGCCAACGAGUUAAUUGUCGCCUGUGACAUGAGAUUCGCGUCGAACAAAGCCAUACUUGGUAGCCCAGAGGUCAUGAUUGGCAUCAACACUGCUGGGGGCGGCUUUAUAAACAUGGCACGAAUCCUGGGACGGGCGCGUGCGCUCGAGUACGCGUUGUCAGGACAAGAUGUUGACGCCUUCGAAGCUGAGAAGCUCGGCUGGAUUAACAAGGCUUUCCACUCUUCGAGCGAUCUAUACCGUCAUGUUCACAACUUGACCUCGAGAAUUGCCCUGUUCCCGAGUGAGAGCAUUGCAAGCAUCAAAUCAACCAUCAAUCUGGUCACAAAGCCAACAUGGGACGAGAUCGCCUUGAACGGAGCAGAGUACAGAAAACUAGCACAGGGGCCGGAGGCACGAGAACUUAUUGGUAAAUUUUUGAAGCUUUCCAAAAACCUUACUGAUGUGGAAGUGGAAAAGCAUUUGGGGGACAGCAUCUUGGAAAUUUACGGCGACGAAUCCACUGGUGACGCGGGUCAUUAAAUCAGGAAAAGCGCGAGUGCAUCUCAAUUCAGCAAAUUAUCGGAAUCCUUUUUAUUCAAAGUAAAUAAAUAUAUGAAAUGGAGCG